UUGGUCCAAAAUUGAUGGAUUUAGUGUUCCAAAAAUAUGAAAAAAUUGUUUCCUAUUGCAUGGCUAAAGAGAAACCUGAGUUUAUAAAUGUCACCGUCUCCUUGACCAAGAAAAAAUAAGACCACUUAAUGUCAGAGGCGAACCCAGUGAAAAUGCUGAGUUUAAAUUUUGAAUUCGCGGAUGUUUGAUGCAUGUUCAUUCUCUUUUUUUUUCUUUUUCUGUUUUGCACUUCAAAUGUGUGUGAUUGAAGUGCUAAUUUAUGUAGUUAAUUAAUUGUCUAGUGCAUUAAAAUGUGGUCUUAGAUAUGUUUCUCUAGGAUAUCAUGUACCAACAAUGGAGUAUCUUGUGUCUUUGUUAUUCAUCAAUAAUUGAAAAAAAUGGUUGUUGGGUUG